AUGGCAACGAUACCAUCAAAACCCUCAUCACCUUUCCUCCUCGCCUUACUCUUCAUCCUAAUCAACACUGUGGCAACAAUAACCCAAACCGAAGCUCAGCUCUCCCUCAACCUCUACGCCAAAACCUGCCCCAACGCCCUCAACACCAUUCGAACCUCCAUACGAUCUUCCCUCGCCGUCGACACAAGGAUGGCCGCGGGGCUCAUCAGGCUCCACUUCCACGACUGCUUCGUCCACGGCUGCGACGCCUCCAUCCUCCUCGACCAAACCCCAACCAUCCGCACUGAGAAAACCGCGGGCGGGAACAACAUGUCCAUCACGGGCUUCGAAGCCAUCGACGCCGCCAAGGCCCGAGUCGAAAAAAUCUGCCCCGGCGUCGUUUCAUGCGCGGACAUAGUCGCCGUGGCAGCACGUGACGCCUCCGCCUACGUGGGCGGGCCCACAUGGAACGUGAAGCUCGGGAGGAGGGACUCCACGUCGGCGUACCCUGACGUGGCGGUGACGGACCUCCCGUCCCACAACGACGACGUGGAGACUCUGAUCAAGCGCUUCAAGGGGAAAGGGCUGAACGUCAGGGAGAUGGUCGCUCUCAGUGGGGCCCACACUUUAGGCGACGCGCAGUGUUCGUCCUUUCGCGACAGGAUCUAUAGUGACGGCGCUAAUAUUGACGGUGCGUACGCUGGUGUUCUGAGGCGGAGGUGUCCGUUAGUGGGAGGGGACAACGUGACGGCGCCGUUUGACCCCGUGACGCCGGAUCAUUUUGAUAACAACUACUUUAGGGAUCUGAUGCGGAGGAGAGGACUGCUGGCGAGCGACCAGGUGUUGUAUAGUGGCGGCGGUGUCACGGACGGGAUUGUGAGGGAGUACGGCAAGUUGGCUGGGAGGUUUAGGGACGAUUUCGCGGCGGCGAUGGUGAAGAUGGGUGAGAUUCAGCCGCUUACGGGAUCUGCUGGCCAGAUCAGGAGGAUUUGCGGCGCCGUCAAUUAA